AUGGCAUUACCGAAUUUGAAGUGUUUGAUUGCGCGAGAGAAUCUUCACCAAGUUGGCACUUUGAUCUUUCUUCAUGGCGAAAAAUUCACCGCUGAGACGAUGAGAAAAUAUCUUAAAACUAUGUUUCACAAAGAGUUCGAGUUCGAUCACAUUCGAGUUAUUUAUCCCCAAGCCCCAGAGAUCCCUUAUCGUGUUCCCCUUGGCGGUACGCGAAAGGGAAUGUGGUACGAACAAAUCUCAUACAGUCCGACAGCAGGGGAGAGGAAGGAUUCAAUCAAUUACACAUGCAGUCUUAUUAGGCAACUAGUGAACUUAGAAAAGUCCCGUGGAAUUGGACAUGAGAAGAUUAUAAUUGGUGGAUUGGACAUGGGAGGAACCAUCGCUAUGCACGCAGCUUACAGGUACAAACGCUAUUUAGGACUUAUAGGUUUAUUGUCUUUCAACCUCUGGCGGUUUAUUUGAGUGGUGUCCUGACUGAUCUCGUAACGUCGGCUUUGUUACACCCAUUUGUAGAUAUCCAAGAGUGGGGUUGGUGUGGAGGGUGUAAUUUGCAGGUUGCCAGUCAGAAUUUGUUAUGAGACACAAGGUCACACUGGAAGUGCUUACCCUUAAAAUAAUGGUACUUCCAAAAGGACAAACCUUGAGACACCAUGACGAUUAUUAGUUAUGGAAAUAUUCCAGGCUAGAGGAACUGGAAGUGGGUGAAAAUGGCGUUAAAAGACAUUUCUUGCACCAGAAGUAGGUUCAGUCCUCUCUGGGUGUCUGGAUAUGAGUGAGGUUUUCCUAAAGAAUAAUAAAAAUCAGACACCGGCAGUUAAAGGGGCUAUGUCACCCCAGGUGCAUGCACAAGCCAAUGAAAAGAAACUUGAAAAUGUCAACCAACUUUUUCAAGUUCUGUCGGAUAUUUUGGAAACCUGUUUUAUCUGUUAAAAUAUCAGCCAAUGCCAUUGUUUAAUAGUUAACAAAUUUUUUUAUUAAGGAUCAUUCUAUGGUGAUUACAGAAAAAGUUUCUUGCAUUAUUUUUGAAAUCGUUUGGCAUUGGAAUUUAUUUACAUGGAUUUAUAGUGCCCUCUUAUCACUGGCCGUUGUACUGGCAGAGAACUAAUGAUGGCUACUCCGAAAUAAGUGAUGGAAUCUUAGAAAGAAUCUUCUGUAUGAUUAAGAUGUAAGAUAAAACUUUGAUUUAUUUUGUUGACUACAACAAUAUGUUGUUGUUGAAUUUUUGUUUGCACUCUAUUUUGAUGAAUGCCAUGUGUUUUUACUUCAAACUAGAAGUAAAAUUGUCUUAGCACUUCUAUUCUUGAGGAGUAAAUAAAUGAGGGAAUUUGAUCUAGCAUUACCAGAGAAGAAAUGUUCCAUAAAUUCUAUCAAAAAUUAUAUCCCUUAUCCAAACCAAAUUCGAUUGUAAACGUCUGUAAAUUUUGGACCCUUGGACGUGACAGUGAAAGUCAUGCGUUAAAAACAAUAGAAUUAUGACACUUGAAAGUAAUUUGUAUAACCCCAGCACGCAUGCUCUCCAGCUGACGUAGCCCCUUUAAGAUCCAAGGAACAUCAGAAGGAGGUGGAGGGAUCCCUAUCUUUUAAAUGGCAAAAACCGAUCGUCACGAUGUCAUGAAAAUCCAUUUGCGGGUUGAAAUUUGUUCAGAAUUAAACACAAUAUUUUCUACUUUUGUAUUUGUUGUUUGAGACCAAUUAGUGUUCAACCGUGGCAUAGAUUUGAAUGAGAGCGAGUUGACAUUACCUACAUUGCACAGCAUCUGUCCUUAAACUGAAUUAAUACUGGCUUUUUCGUUUUAUCUUUAAAUUUAACUCUUAAAUUCUGACCUGCAACCUGCAAAUAACACCCUCUGGGAUUAGUGGUGGGGGAGGGGGGCUGACGCAUUGUUACUGGACAGUAACUGACAAUGAACUUGAAAUAUGCAGAAAUUUUGGUUAUUGUUGUCCACAAAAAUAUGACAAUACCCCUGAAUAAUGAGAGGAGUUAGCGAAUUGUAGCCCUUACUUCACUGCCUUUCAAGUUAUCAAUAAUCUUGAAACUCAAGACUUUUAAAAAACGAUGGUAAAUCUCGAGAAUCUUAAACCAAAAAAUCGUAAGAGCCACAAAUGUAAACCAGUGGAAAAAUACUUCAGUGCUACAUUGGUACAAGAAUUUUCCAGACAAGCGUGACUCAGCUUUUAUGCUUUGAUAUAGUGGAGUUCUACCCUUCCACAACGGAAACACUACUUAAACCGGUGCCCUUGACUCAGCGUCAAAUUACGUGACCAUCUCAGCUGAUGACGGCCAAACAAUCGUACAUGCCAAACAAUCACUCAUUUUUAGCAACGGAAAUCCAUGGCAAAAGAGAAAUUCCAGCACACUCUUCGAUGUCACUAUAAUAAGCUACGAGGGAGCAGAAAAAUCCGAAUUGGUUAGGUGCUACCUCCUUUCUCAGCUUAAAGAAAUACCUGACAUCGACGUCGGCCUUUGCCGUGACGACAGACUGGUAGUUCUCAAACAGAG